GCACCUUUCGCUGGACAAUUGUUUAUAUCUGAAACGUAAUAGCGCAGCGCAGGGUUAAUUGGACAAUAGAACUCGAAAAAUCGCCGGCAGCCAUGAACGAAUCGGUGCGCUACGACCGUUGUCAACAGGUGCAGCUGGGCGUCCUGAGCGAGUCGCAAGUGUCCUCCGCCGAGGAGGACGUCCCGAGUCUGCCUCCGCAGGGGACGGGCAACAUCCUGUUCACCCACGACGGCGUGCUGCUGAAGAAGGCCAGUGCGGAGCACAUCGCCGACCUGAACACGAGCGGCUCCCUUUCCCUGGUGGAGUACUCGCGGACCUCCGCGGAUCUGCCACGCAGGAGACUGCUGCUGGAGUGGCAGCCCAACGACAGCAUCAUGAUCGCGGACGAUAGCCAGGACCAGGGCGACUGGGCGCUGGUGGACAGAAUUUCCGGGCGCACUCGCACCACCUCCGAGUGCCGUGCCUUCAACACGAAGCCCAGCGAACCGAGUGGCGGGGCGCCCAACCGCUCGCGGGUCAUGCGCGCCCAGCUGGACGAUUUGUCCACCGUUGAGGUUCGCCAUCGCGGCCAGACCAUCCGGUUUAUACGCAAAGGAGCCGGUGGCUUGCACAGCGAGUUUUUCUUCCAGCACGGGAACGCUGACCUCUUUGUGCGCUCCAUGCGCGAUCAACACUUCAUCGAGUCCGCCGAGACCAGUCGCAGUGGCGGCGAAGAGUACGCCAUCCUGACCACCGAAAACCAGAAACUGAGAAAGACGUUUGCCGAGCUUGACAUCGGUCAGAUCAAGGCCAGCCACUUGCCGCGCGAAAGCUGGCUGCCCAACAAGCUAGCCGGGUUCCUAGGCAACAUUCCCGAUUACGUGCAGCCGCCUUUCCAGCGCUCUCCCAAAGCCCGGCCAGGAGCAAUGAUCUCCGGCGACCGCCAGACCUCGCCGGACAACUACCAAAUCAUAGGACUAAGUGGAAGCACCAAUAGUGCCUGUUCCUCGAACGGACAGAGUCGUGGGGGCAGUGCGGACAAGUCCCCGGCCGACAGUGAGCUGGAGAACCUAAAUGCUCACGAUGAAAAAAUAGUCAACAAUUUGCCAGAUCGCCAGCGGGUUGAGCGAGGCCCUCCUCUCACCGAGACACAGUGGCUGGAGUUCCAGACGCCUGACGGUCGAAUUUCGGACAGCGUCCGCAUCAGGGAGAUCAUCUUCCGUGGCGGCAUCGUGCACAGCUUGCGAGCAGAGGUGUGGAAGUUCCUCCUUAACUAUUAUCAGUGGUCCGAUACCCAGCUGGAGCGGAUCGAGCGCCGUAAGCAAAAGUCAAUUGAGUACUACAACAUGAAGGCCCAGUGGCUGGCCAUGACGACGGUCCAGGAAUCGAACUUUUGCGGCUAUCGGGAGCGCAAGUGCCAGAUCGAAAAGGACGUGAAGCGCACAGAUCGGUCGCUGCAGUUUUUCGCCGGCGAGGAUAAUCCAAAUCUAGCUCUGCUGCAGGGCAUCCUAAUGACCUACGUGAUGUACAACUUUGAUCUUGGCUAUGUUCAGGGAAUGUCCGAUCUGCUUGCGCCCAUUUUGGAGAUUCAGGUCAACGAGGUGGAUGCCUUCUGGUGCUUCGUGGGCUUCAUGGAGCUGGUGUUCACCAACUUUGACAUGGACCAGGCGGGCAUGAAGACUCAGUUCGCCCAGGUCCGUCGCCUGAUCGAGUUUGCCAAUGCUCCGCUGUUCAACUACAUGCGAUCCCACGACUCGGACAACAUGUACUUCUGCUUCAGAUGGCUACUGGUGUGGUACAAACGGGAGCUGAGCAACGAGGACGUCCUUAAGUUGUGGGAGUGUCUGUGGACACGGCUGCCAUGUCCCAAUUUUCACCUGCUCUUCUCGGUGGCCAUCCUGGAUCAGGAGACGAGCGUGAUAAUAGAGAGCCAGUAUGAGUUUACAGAGAUCCUGAAGCAUGUCAACGAGCUAUCUGGAAAUGUAGAUGUCCAAAAGACCUUGCAGGUGGCUGAGGCAAUUUACCUGCAGCUCAAGGCCUCCGAAACACUUCCUAAUGACAUCCGCUGCAUCAUAGGAGAGCCACUUCUGCCAACCGCCGCCGGCGAGGAGGUGGACGGAGGCGUGGUAGAUGAGGAGCCGGCCUAUUCUGAUGAUGGCUUCGACGAGCUAGUAAGGGAACUCACUCCCGAGGAAAAGCUCCGCCAGCAGCAUUUACUGGAGGAGGCCUGCGAACGAUCCCUCUUUCUGACGUUUCACUAGUUCGAAUGGGAACCCUUCCAUUGGACACCUAGAAAAAACGAAGCCAAAAGCCCUUGGCAAAGCAUGCGCAAGUUACACUGCCCUUCAAGAUUGUUUGCAAACACGAAAAUGUUUGGGUUGCCCAUUGAGCCUCAAAUCUUUCAAGUGUUAUCACAUAAAUUUCAUGUUAAAAAUUGGAUCCUUCGGGAAACCGAAUUUAUCAACCUCAAAAAUAUCAAUUUUUCGUGUUCAACACGAACAACCCAAAAAAUUAUGUUUUUUGUAAAACGAAAGCUUACUUGCAGGGCAGUGUUAUCUUAGACUCUAAGACUCAAAGUUUACCAACGCAUCGAAGCAAAGCGAAGCGGGCCAAGUGCUUUAACUGCUGAUACACAGAUUUAUAUAUUGUAUAUUAUACAUAUUUGUACGUUUUUGUAAUUAUUGUAAGUUCUUCCCUCACCCAAACGGAAAAUUACAUCCCCUAUUCGAUCACCCCUAAGUAUACCAAAACACAUUUUCAAUAUAUAUUAGACUUAGUUCUCGUUUCUGUCGAGCUCGAAACAUUUAAGAUGUCCAUUGGGUCAACAGAGUUUACACGCGCAGCUUUUGUUGUCUUUUUCUAAGUUUACUCAAUUACUGUGCAUACACAUCGAUUAACAUUAGAAAUGCGUAGUAAAUCCAAAUACAACACCGAAUUGCACACGAAAA